GUUUCUUCACUCCGGAUUUUAUGGACGAGGGUUCCCCGAACGAAUCGACCACCGGUUUGGACUGCUUGUAGUUGUAGUGAGUGGCUCUCCGUGGCUAGCGUGUUGUUUCGCGCGAUGUGCGUCGUCUGAUGGGAUUGAUUUCUGCCCGCGUAGAAAAGGAUUCCGGGGAGUCGGGGUAGCUGAUUGAUGGUAGGCAGAGCAUUUUGUCGGUUGGAUCGUGGAUUCGUGGCUUGAGUUGGUUCCCUCCCGCGUUCUGCAGAUCGGACUUGCUCUGGGGGGUCAUGGAGGCGGACCGCGUCGGGGAGUCGUCGGCGACCGUCGAUGGCGGCGGCGGCGGCGGCAGCAAGGAUUCGGGUAGCUUCGAGUGCAACAUCUGCCUGGAGCUGGCCCAGGACCCCGUCGUCACCCUCUGCGGCCACCUCUUCUGCUGGCCGUGCCUCUACGAGUGGCUCCAUGUCCACGCGCACUCCCAUGAGUGCCCCGUCUGCAAGGCCGUCCUCGAGGAGGAGAAGCUUGUCCCUCUCUAUGGCCGUGGCAAGGCCUCCACCGAUCCUCGAUCCAGGUCGGUGGCCGGCGUCCAAAUCCCCAGCAGGCCGGCCGGGCAGCGGCCGGCGACUGCUCCGCAGCCUGAUCACCACAACCAUUUCCCCCACCACAACCCGUGGAUCAUGGGCGGCGGCGCCCCUGUGGCCGGCGGUCGCUGGGGGAACUACACUUUCUCGGCGGCCAUUGGGGGCCUUUUCCCUCUGUUGAGCUUCCAGGUGCAUGGGUUCCCGCAGGCGGCGGCGUAUGGACAUGCUGCAGGGUUCCCUUAUGGGUAUGGCCAUUCUUUCCAUGGCUGGCAUGGGCAUGGUUUUCCUCCGCAGGCACCACAGGGCCAGCAUGUUGAUGUGUUCUUGAAGGCCCAUCAUGUUCUCAGCUCAAAAAUUGAUGAAGGCCUCCUGGAUGGCUAGGAGUCGUUGGUGAGUUCCCCCAAGGAUGUGGUGAGACGCUGGAAGUAUGUUUAUUCUCACCUCCACUAGUGGAGAGGUAAUUGGGUGAAAACGGGGAGGAGAGGUAAUUAAGUGAAAACCGAGCUAGUUAUUAGAAGAUUGCUUAGAGCAGAUACAAUGGCAGACUAUAAACUAUGUAUAAACAUUUUAAGAAAAUAAGAGAGAGGAGGGAAGAACAGCGAGCUAUAGAUUUUUAGCGAGCUAUAGAUUUUUAGCUAGCUGCAGCACAGACUCUAAAAUUUUAGAAUGUGUGUAUGACAUGUAAGACCAAUAUAUUAUAUGCAUUAAUAGUAUUUAUAUACUUGUUGUUGUA